CACCACCUGGACAACUCAGCCUGGCAGAGGCACGGCCACCGGAACUACCACACGCGACAGAGGGCAUAGAUGACCACCUUGCCCUCGGGAGAGACCAGAGCCACCAGCAACCCCACACAUGGCCCUCCCGAGGCCUCCCUGGGCGACGUGGCUGACGGCAAGUCCCCUGACAGCUCCACAGGGGGGUCCCAAAGUCUGGUCCCCCUCCCCACAGUGAGCAGCGCGGCAGCACCUGCUGGGCAGGACUCUUUCACUACAGCCCCCUCUGAGGUCGCGUCAACAUCUGGGGAUAAGGACAAGGAGGAAGUUGCUCCAGACAAAAGCCAGGAGAAGCCGAGGGAGGUCACAGCUCUGCUUCUCCGCCAGGACCCAGAAGCCCUGAAACUGUCCACGAGCCUCCAGAACCCAGAGCCAGACAGGCCAGCCCCAGAUACAAGGUUAACUCAGAGCCUCGUGGUUUUCUCGGGGGACCCCCUGGGUAACAUAAAGACCCCACAAACGGACAGUGUUCCCCACAGCCAGCCGGAAGUAGCUGCAUCUGCCCCAAAGGCGCAGGUCUGGCCCACUGAGGACUUCCAGGGUCAGCUGGACGCGCAGGCCAGCAGAGUCACCGAGGUCGCCCAGGAGGGAACCGAGGGUCCUGAGGCCUCGACCCCUGACGCUGCAGCUUUGCCGCCAUCUCAGUCCAAGGUGGUGACAGGGGAGGACUUGGUGGGUGGCUGGCAAGACCUGCAAGCCCCAUCUUUCCCUCCCUCCUCAGAAGGCAGUGCGUCUCGGUCACCCGGCCCCCAGGAGGUGGCCCUGGGGAGACGGCCCCUGGACCCCAGUCUGUACGCAGCCGGGGAGGAACAUGGCUACAUGCGCUCCAUGACCAGCCUGCUGGGUGGCGGCGAGGGCACCAUCAGCUCCCUGGCCGACAUCCUGGUGUGGUCCGAGGGCACUAUGGGUAUGGGCACAGCCACGGGCAUACUGGCCUCGGGCCACAGCUCUGCCACAGACCUGCUGCACGGUCCGGGGCCCAGCCUGCGCUCGGUCUCCAGCAUCCUGGAGAGUGCGGGCUCUGCCUUCUCCUCCGGGCUGGUGUCGGGCACUGGCUCGGCCUUGCGCUCUGUCACCCACGCGCUGGAGACGGUGGAGCGGAGGACGGUGGAGGGCAUCCGCUCGGCCCUGCGCUACCUCAGGAGCCGCCUCCCCCCACGCCGGCCCCAGGCGGGCGCCAGCUGUGAUUAGAGCCCCCCUCAAGGGACCUGAAAAGACAGCUUGCCUCCCGAGACCCUCGGACCCUCCAUCCCUGCCCUGGACGGUGCCCCAACCCCCAGCAAUAAAUCACCAGCCUCAUCCCUGUCUGUGCCGUGGGCAACAGGGUG